CCCGCCCAUGAUCUGAACACCUGUGUGAAAGAUAAACACUGAGUGCUGAUGAACCUACAUUUACUCUGGAACUCCGACUGAGACAAAAUGGACUUAAGUGACGCUCAACAUCUCUCAGAGCUGAGGAUUGUGUUGAUGGGGUAUAGAGCUGCUGGUAAGAGUUCAACAGGAAACACCAUCCUGGGCAGAGAGGAGUUUGACUUGAAGAGAUCUGCUCAGUGUGUGAGGAGACAUGGAGAAGUAGCAGACAGACACAUCACUGUCAUUGAAGCUCCAGGAUGGUGGAGGGAUUACACUGUAGCGGAGAGUCCUGAGAUACUGAAACAGGAGAUUUUGCUCAGUGUGUCUCUGUGUCCUCCAGGACCACACGCUGUACUACUGAUCAUACCUGUGGACACUGCAUUUAAAGAGACUGAGAGAAAAGCAGUGCAGGAUCAUCUGGAUCUUCUCAGUGAGAGAGUCUGGAGUCACACUAUAGUUCUGUUCACUCAUGGAGACUCUCUGUUAGACACAUCUAUAGAGCAGCACAUUGAGAGUGAAGGACAGGAUCUCCAGCGGCUGCUGGACAAAUGUGGGAACAGGUAUCAUGUUCUCAACAAUCACAACAGGAGUGACGACACUCAGAUCAAGGAGCUGCUGGAGAAGAUUGAGGAGACAGUGGCACAAAACAACGGCCGCCAUUUUGAAAUAGACAGAAAGAUUUUACAGGAGGUGAAAGAGAGAAGAAGAGCAGAAAAAAAAGAGAGAGCAAAAGAACGAAUGAAGAGGAUGAAAAAACAGAGAGAGGACAUCAGAUCACAGAUGAGUGACGCUCAACAUCUCUCAGAUCUGAGGAUUGUGUUGAUGGGGUAUAGAUAUGCUGGUAAGAGUUCAUCAGGAAACACCAUCCUGGGCAGAGAGGAGUUUGACUUGAAGAGAUCUGCUCAGUGUGUGAGGAGACAUGGAGAAGUAGCAGACAGACACAUCACUGUCAUUGAAGCUCCAGGAUGGAUAAUUAAUGUUCCUGUAGAGGAGAGUCCUGAGAUACUGAAACAGGAGAUUUUGCUCAGUGUGUCUCUGUGUCCUCCAGGACCACACGCUGUACUACUGAUCAUAGAUGUGGAUGAUGGAUUUAAAAAGACCGAGAGAAAAGCAUUGCAGGAUCAUCUGGAUCUUCUCAGUGAGAGAGUCUGGAGUCACACUAUAGUUCUGUUCACUCGUGGAGACUCUCUGUUAGACACAUCUAUAGAGCAGCACAUUGAGAGUGAAGGACAGGAUCUCCAGCGGCUGCUGGACAAAUGUGGGAACAGGUAUCAUGUUCUCAACAAUCACAACAGGAGUGACGACACUCAGAUCAAGGAGCUGCUGGAGAAGAUUGAGGAGACAGUGGCACAAAACAACGGCCGCCAUUUUGAAAUAGACAGAAAGAUUUUACAGAAGAUGAAAGAGAGAAGAAGAGCAGAGGAAGAGAGAGCAAAAGAACGAAUGAAGAGGAUGAAGAAACAGAGAGAAAACAUCAGAUCACAGAUGAGUGACGUUCAACAUCUCUCAGAUCUGAGGAUUGUGUUGAUGGGGUAUAGAUAUGCUGGUAAGAGUUCAACAGGAAACACCAUCCUGGGCAGAGAGGAGUUUGACUUGAAGAGAUCUGCUCAGUGUGUGAGGAGACAUGGAGAAGUAGCAGACAGACACAUCACUGUCAUUGAAGCUCCAGGAUGGUGGAGGAAUUACACUGUAGAGAAGAGUCCUGAGAUACUGAAACAGGAGAUUUUGCUCAGUGUGUCUCUGUGUCCUCCAGGACCACACGCUGUACUACUGAUCAUACGUGUGGAUGAUGGAUUUAAAGAGACUGAGAGAAAAGCAUUGCAGGAUCAUCUGGAUCUUCUCAGUGAGAGAGUCUGGAGUCACACUAUAGUUCUGUUCACUCGUGGAGACUCUCUAUUAGACACAUCUAUAGAGCAGCACAUUGAGAGUGAAGGACAGGAUCUCCAGCGGCUGCUGGACAAAUGUGGGAACAGGUAUCAUGUUCUCAACAAUCGCAACAGGAGUGACGACACUCAGAUCAAGGAGCUGCUGGAGAAGAUUGAGGAGACAGUGGCACAAAACAACGGCCGCCAUUUUGAAAUAAACAGAAAGAUUUUACAGGAGGUGGAAGAGAGAAGAAGAGCAGAGGAAGAGAGAGCAGAAGAACGAAUGAAGAGAAUGAAAAAACAGAGAGAAAACAUCAGAUCACAGAUGAGUGACGCUCAACAUCUCUCAGAUCUGAGGAUUGUGUUGAUGGGGUAUAGAUAUGCUGGAAAGAGUUCAUCAGGAAACACCAUCCUGGGCAGAGAGGAGUUUGACUUAAAGACAUCUGCUCAGUGUGUGAGGAGACAUGGAGAAGUAGCAGACAGACACAUCACUGUCAUUGAAGCUCCAGGAUGGUGGAAGAAUUACACUGUAGAGGAGAGUCCUGAGAUACUGAAACAGGAGAUUUUGCUCAGUGUGUCUCUGUGUCCUCCAGGACCACACGCUGUACUACUGAUCAUACCUGUGGUCAUUAGAUUUAAAGAGACUGAGAGAAAAGCAGUGCAGGAUCAUCUGGAUCUUCUCAGUGAGAGAGUCUGGAGUCACACUAUAGUUCUGUUCACUCGUGGAGACUCUCUGUUAGACACAUCUAUAGAGCAGCACAUUGAGAGUGAAGGACAGGAUCUCCAGUGGCUGCUGGACAAAUGUGGGAACAGGUAUCAUGUUCUCAACAAUCACAACAGGAGUGAUGACACUCAGAUCAAGGAGCUGCUGGAGAAGAUUGAGGAGACAGUGGCACAAAACAACGGCUGCCAUUUUGAAAUAGACAGAAAGAUUUCACAGGAGAUGGAUGGUAGAAAGAAAGCAGAAGAGCGACUGGACAAAUGGAGAGAAGACAUCAGAUCACAGACCAGUGACGUUCAACAUCUCUCAGAUCUGAGGAUUGUGUUGAUGGGUAAUAGAUAUGCUGGUAAGAGUUCAACAGGAAACAUCAUCCUGGGCAGAGAGGAGUUUGACUUGAAGAGAUCUGCUCAGUGUGUGAGGAGACAUGGAGAAGUAGCAGACAGACACAUCACUGUCAUUGAAGCUCCAGGAUGGUGGAAGAAUUACACUGUAGAGAAGAGUCCUGAGAUACUGAAACAGGAGAUUUUGCUCAGUGUGUCUCUGUGUCCUCCAGGACCACACGCUGUACUACUGAUCAUACGUGUGGAUGAUGGAUUUAAAGAGACUGAGAGAAAAGCAUUGCAGGAUCAUCUGGAUCUUCUCAGUGAGAGAGUCUGGAGUCACACUAUAGUUCUGUUCACUCGUGGAGACUCUCUAUUAGACACAUCUAUAGAGCAGCACAUUGAGAGUGAAGGACAGGAUCUCCAGCGGCUGCUGGACAAAUGUGGGAACAGGUAUCAUGUUCUCAACAAUCACAACAGGAGUGAUGACACUCAGAUCAAGGAGCUGCUGGAGAAGAUUGAGGAGACAGUGGCACAAAACAACGGCCGCCAUUUUGAAAUAAACAGAAAGAUUUUACAGGAGGUGGAAGAGAGAAGAAGAGCAGAGGAAGAGAGAGCAGAAGAACGAAUGAAGAGGAUGAAAAAACAGAGAGAAAACAUCAGAUCACAGAUGAGUGACGCUCAACAUCUCUCAGAGCUGAGGAUUGUGUUGAUGGGUAAUAGAGCUGCUGGUAAGAGUUCAUCAGGAAACACCAUCCUGGGCAGAGAGGAGUUUGACUUGAAGAGAUCUGCUCAGUGUGUGAGGAGACAUGGAGAAGUAGCAGACAGACACAUCACUGUCAUUGAAGUUCCAGGAUGGUGGAAGAAUUACACUGUAGAGAAGAGUCCUGAGAUACUGAAACAGGAGAUUUUGCUCAGUGUGUCACUGUGUCCUCCAGGACCACACGCUGUACUACUGAUCAUACCUGUGGACACUGCAUUUAAAGAGACUGAGAGAAAAGCAUUGCAGGAUCAUCUGGAUCUUCUCAGUGAGAGAGUCUGGAGUCACACUAUAGUUCUGUUCACUCAUGGAGACCGUCUGUUAGACACAUCUAUAGAGCAGCACAUUGAGAGUGAAGGACAGGAUCUCCAGCGGCUGCUGGACAAAUGUGGGAACAGGUAUCAUGUUCUCAACAAUCGCAACAGGAGUGACGACACUCAGAUCAAGGAGCUGCUGGAGAAGAUUGAGGAGACAGUGGCACAAAACAACGGCCGCCAUUUUGAAUUAGACAGAAAGAUUUUACAGGAGGUGGAAGAGAGAAGAAGAGCAGAGGAAGAGAGAGCAAAAGAACGAAUGAAGAGAAUGAAAAAAAGGAGAGAAAACAUCAGAUCACAGAUGAGUAAUACUCAACAUCUCUCAGAUCUGAGGAUUGUGUUGAUGGGGUAUAGAAGAUCUGGUAAGAGUUCAUCAGGAAACACCAUCCUGGGCAGAGAGGAGUUUGACUUGAAGACAUCUGCUCAGUGUGUGAGGAGACACGGAGAAGUAGCAGACAGACACGUCACUGUCAUUGAAGCUCCAGGAUGGUGGAGGAAUGACACUGUAGAGGAGAGUCCUGAGAUACUGAAACAGGAGAUUUUGCUCAGUGUGUCUCUGUGUCCUCCAGGACCACAUGCUGUACUACUGAUCAUAGAUGUUCACAAUAUAUUUGAAGAGACUGAGAGAAAAGCAGUGCAGGAUCAUCUGGAUCUUCUCAGUGAGAGAGUCUGGAGUCACACUAUAGUUCUGUUCACCUGUGGAGACUCUCUGUUAGACACAUCUAUAGAGCAGCACAUUGAGAGUGAAGGACAGGAUCUCCAGUGGCUGCUGGACAAAUGUGGGAACAGGUAUCAUGUUCUCAACAAUCACAACAGGAGUGACGACACUCAGAUCAAGGAGCUGCUGGAGAAGAUUGAGGAGACAGUGGCACAAAACAACGGCUGCCAUUUUGAAUUAGACAGAAAGAUUUUACAGGAGGUGAAAGAGAGAAGAAGUGCAGAGGAAGAGAGAGAAAAAGAACGAAUGAAGAGGAUGAAAAAACAGGGAGAGGACAUCAGAUCACAGAUGAUGAGUGGAGAUGAUGGAUCUGAUUCAUGCUCUCUGGGAAGUUCUGCUUACGGUUCAUUCAGAUCACGAUCAGGAACAGAAACAGUUUUCAGUUCAUCACGUUCCAGAGAUUCAUCUCAUACAAGAUACGAGUCAGGGGACAUAAAACUAUAUAACAGUAUGGAAUGGCUACCACCAACCAUGAGUGGAGAUGAGCGGUCGGACACAUGGUCUGUGGGAAGUUCUGCUUAUGGUUCACUCAGAUCACUAUCAUCAGCAGUUUUUAGCUCAUCAUGCUCAAAAUCUCACAGCUCAGGAUUCGGGUCUUUGCGGUCCAUCCCGGAGUCUGAGGAACGUUCAGGAACCAGAUGAACACUUGCUCUGCCCAAGAUCCCAAAACUUUUCCCAAGAAGAGUAAAGAAGCAUGAUAAAAUUGAAGACACUGAGAACUUGAAUUAUAUCAAAUUAAUGAAAGAGUCUUUGAAUGUGUCUUUAAAUGUUGACAUUUAUAGUUUUGACAAUAUUUAAUGAUAAAUAUUACUAAAACUAAAAGUUACAUGCAGUUGUUUUAACCUUGAGUGAUGAAGUUAAUAGUAAUUCACAUUAGCAGAGCUGUAACAAAUAUAUUGAUACGUAAUUUUGA